AUGGAUGAAAAGCAAACGGACGACAAGAUAAAAGUUUUGAACGUCUUUCAGAAUGAAGAAAUAGCUGGCAACAGGGAAAAAAUGCACUACCCCAACAAGUUCGAAUUCGAGAAGGGAAUUAUCCGGAACGCAAUCGUGUCCACGAAUUCGAGCAAGUGCAUCAAACUGGAGGAAAGGGACAGGGAGAAAAAAAAUUGCAUCAUAUUUCGAGAACAAUGCGAAUACUGCUUGACGAAUUUUUCGAUAAGCGGUCACCUAAUUUUAACUAAAGAAUCGUUGCUGUUCGAACCAGACAUGAGAGACAAAAAUGUGAUAACGUAUGGAUUUGGCACGUAUCAAAUUUUUAUCGAUUUGUACGAUAUUUACGAGUGUGCACAUAUUGUGGUGCCGACGAAGGACACCUACUUGUGUAACAAUGAAGACACAUGUGGUUUUAUCCAAGUGUUGUUAAAAAGUAUUUACCAUCCAAUAUACGACGAUGUUUCGCAAAAGAAAAAUAGCACGGGUACUUGCUACAGUGGUGUGAAUAACAACUCUAGCAUAGAUGAAUUGAACAAGGAGAAAAGCGUUUCCUACUAUAAAUACAUCAGCAGAAGCUUGUCCUAUGUAUUCAAUUUAGCCCAACCCUUUGUUCAAGGUACGUCGCCUUUUAGGGAGGAUAAAAAUGACCAUCUGUUUGGAGGAGUCAAUUAUUCUUCGAAUGUUUCUAAGCAUUUCACAAAUGCAGACCAUCAGAGAAAAGAAUAUGAAAAUGAUGAUUUAAAGAAAAAAAAAAAUAGCUUUUUAAAUUUUGAUAUUUCCUCUCCAAAGAAUAACAUCGUGGAGCAUUUACAAGACAGUGAUUUAAAAAUUUACCAAAAAAUUAACGAGACGGAUUAUAGCAACGCAAUUCCUGCGCACCCAAGUAUAACUUAUAAAAAUAAUUUAAAUUUAGCCAACUCGGGGUAUUCUUUUAAGGAAGGUGAGGCUAACAAUUCCACUUUGUCUGGAAAGCAAGAAAGAGACACCUUCAGCAUAUCCAGGAAGAUCUCUUCGAAAGAAGGAUUAUCUUCCGUGGGAAAGCCCGAAUUGGGAUUCCCCAAUGUAGAAACAUCAAAUGGUCACUCCACCCAAUCGGGUGAAAUAAAAGAGGGAGACUCCAUAAAGAGAGAAGACACUGUCACCUUUGCGAGCGAGGCAGAGCGUUCAGCCUCAAAGACGCUGAAGAAUAUUUCCUUCGAGUUGCAUCAGCAAUCAUUGAGAAGUUCAUCCACAGGGGAGAACUACAGCAAUACCUGCGGAGGUAUCCUUUGCGCCAAUGGGAACCAGGCCCAGUGGGGAAACAAGGGACCAGAAGGAGAACCUGGGCAGAACCUCGAAGGGCCGAAAAAGGGGCAGAAGAAAUAUGAAGAGAAAAGCUUCAUACUCUUCAGAUUCUUUAACAACAGUAAGGCAUACGAAACGACAACAAAGAUAAUCAAAGAAAUUGAUGAAGUGAGAAAAUCAGAAAACAAAAUAAAAAAAACAAUCACCUCGGUGCCAUUCACAUCAAAUGAAUUGUUAAAGUGCAUCAUUGAACAAUCUUUAAUGGCCAAAGAAUCCAAGAAAAAAGCACAGGGAGCGAAUUCAAUCAAUGAUGCCAAGGAUAUAAAUUAUUUACCAUUAAUCCCGAAAUUGGAGUACAUUAACGGUGCAGUAAAAUUGUUAAACAAAGAAAUGACUAAGCAGAUAAACUACUACCUCCCCCCAACACUGAGCAUCAAAAUAUGGAAGAUGGCUUUUUGUUCGAGUAUACAUGGGGUUUCUUUCAAAACCCUUUAUAGAAGUGUAUCGAACAAAGGAAGUGUAAUUUUGCUAAUCUGCGAUAUGGACAAUGUAUUAUUCGGCUGUUUCCUCGACAAGUUGCAAUGCGAGAAUAGUUACUACGGAUCUGGGGAAAACUUUUUGUUUACGUUUAAAAAUGGGAAUAACUCCUUGAGAGGAAAUAAGGAGGAAAAAAUAAAAGAUGAAGAUAAUAAGGGGAGUAAUAAUGGAAGCAACUGUGCCUAUGAGAAGAGCAUGGAGAGUUUUUAUCCAUUGGAAGAGAAUGUUGAAAAGGUUAAGCGGAAGAACAUCCCUUUAGACAUGAACGAGGGGAAGUUGGGAAAUAAUUCAACGUCAAAUUCUCAGGAAAAACUUGUUACUGAUUUUGAAGACAGCUUGAAGGACUCCAUUAAGGGGGAUGCGAAUCAGGAAGGUCCAUCGCGCACUUCUGUCCAUUACAUGAAUAGAUCCAAAACGGAUAUACACGAUUUGGAUUCCGUGGAGGAUGAAGAGGGGGGUAGCACUGUUGGUGGCGCGUGUAGUGGUGGAGCCUACGGUGCUAACGAAAAGGGUAACCUUACAUCUGAGGGCUGUUACCAUGAUAACGAUGAAAACGGUGACGCGUCGUCGGAUGCCGUGCAGUGCAGAACAAAAAUGCUUGUCGAGGAGAAAUACCACCAUUUAACCUCCCUCCCGGGGAAGAAGCAGCCCCUGAUGAGUCACAACUCCGUAGGUACCGAAACUGGGGAAAGCAGCAAAAAAAACAGAACAAAACAAAGUUGUAAUGAUAAUACAGCUAUUCAGGUAUUCAACUGGACUACUCGAAACAAUUAUUUUGUCUACUCAGAUGAAAAAUCUAUAACGAUAGGCGGCGGGGAUAACUGUUCUCUGCUGAUUAAUGAUGACUUGUGCAAAGGUCAGACCAACAGGAGCAGCACAUACGAUAAUGACUUGCUUACCCACGAGGAGGAAUUCGAAAUUCAAUUUUUGCAAUUGUGGGUGUUUGACGAUUUGUAG